GGCUUAGAACUCACUGCCUUCGUCGACUUGGCAUAAGAGUCCCAGUUCAUAACACCGCCUUGACCGAGUCUCAAUACAUAUACUAAUCCGUCUUUCACUUCAACGGCAGGCCGUCUUGACAUUUCACAAAUCAAUCUUUUCUUUCUCCGCAAACUGAUCAAGUGAAAUCAUCAUCAUCAAUCACGAUCGCGCGUUCUAAAGACUUAGCCCAUCAUGUCGAGCCAGAAGCGGAUCACAAAGGAACUAGGUGAACUCACGACAUCGCCGCCAGCAGGAAUCUCAGUUGCCCUGGCCGACGAGUCGAACUUGUUCCAAUGGAAAGUCACUAUGGAAGGACCUGCGGGCUCUCCUUAUGCUGGCGGCAAGUUCGACCUCUCCAUUACCCUCCCACAAACCUACCCAUUCAAACCACCAAUCGUCACAUUCGCCACGAAGAUCUACCACCCCAACAUCAGCAAUGACUCCCCCCCGAACAGUGGAACCAUGUGUCUCGGCAUGCUCAAGGAUAGCGAGUGGAAGCCCAGCACCAAGAUGGCCGCCGUCUUGGAGUUUGCCAGACAGUUGUUGAAAGAACCGAACCCAGACGACGCUGUCGAAGCCAAGAUUGCCGAACAGUACCGUGACGACCGCGCUGGUUACGAGAAGGAGGCGAAAGAGUGGGUCAAGCGCUAUGCCAGUGGCAAGAAAUAGGAUCUCUUGUCGUUUCUGGCCGCAAAGGAACCUGAGCUCGAGCCUGAGUUGGAGCCUGAGGAUACCGACAUGGCUUGAAGAAAUGUCAUCAACAAUGAACGACAGUGCAGACACUUUUCUUCCAACGGGUCGAACCAUGACUACUGCACGCCAGGAGAUGGAAGUUGACUGUGCGGCCACACUGAGCAAGGCAUUGAAUCCGAUGAAAGAAGGCAGCCCAUCAUACGGCAUUUGUGCAAAUGAAGAAAUGAAGAAGACUGUCGAUUCAACUGGUCUCCAGCGAAACUAUCAGAGCACUGCCGAGACAGUCUGAUACCAUUCAUGAUGGAUCGGUUGAGGUGGACUGAUGGUGUGAAAGAUGCUGGUCUAUCAACUGGAUCAAACAGAUAGACGGCACCUCAUCGUCUGCAAGACGAGAGAUAAUCAUGAAUGAAAGACAUGAUGGUCGCUCAACUAUUGCUGACCGUAAUG